CGCUCGCUCUCUCUCGGCGUUUGUGCUACUCGACUUGGGGCCGCCGCCGAUCAGAGACGUCUGCUCGCUGGCUGGUCGUCGUCCGUACGUCGGUCGGCCGCGUGCGUCGCCCCAAAGGGAGAGCGCUCGAAUAAUUGGUCUUUGCGAUUGGAGGGCGCCAAGGGUGUGAUGGUGACCUAGUCGGCCGCCGCGCUCUUUCUUCCCUCUUCCUUUCUUCUUCUCAACUCGGAACCGAAGGGAGAAAAGGGAGUUCCUUCGUCACAGAGAGACAGACAGGCAACGAGAUUGUCAACAAGUUCGAACUCUUGUUUGUGCCCCGGGUGAAACUCCUUUACCAAUACUCUUACAAAGCAGGGCGGACGUUUUCGGCGGCAAACUGUUGAAAUUCCAUCACUCGCUUUUGGCAUCGACAAAUAAUAAUAACCAGCAAAAAAACGCUUCCAAGUCGUCCUCCAACCAGUCCAACCUCUUUUCAUGAAAGUACUUCAAUAACGAUUUACGUGAAACGCGUUGGCACCAUCGUCAUCCAAAGAAAAGUGAGUUGAUUGGAGCGCUUGCACUUUGUUGAACCAGCGGCUUCCCUUGGAAUAGCCUGAAAAAUGGCCUCUAGUCGCAUGGCCGUGGCAGCUGCCCUGGCGCUGGCCACCUCGACAGUGCGGGCGCUGCGCACGAUGGACCAACAGUCGGACAAUUGGCUCAGCAGCAGCAGCAGCUGCGAUAACUCGACGACCAACAGCACGAUUUCGUCUGUUUGCUCCAACGACACCUUUGGGAAUUUCACGUCGCUCGAUGGAAACUCAACUCGGGGUGCUCCAGCCGAGCCCGACUCGCUCACUGACGUCAUCUUUAUGGCCGUCACUUCAGUCAUCCUCGGCCUCAUGAUCUUAAUAACAGUAAUAGGCAAUGUGUUCGUGAUCGCUGCCAUUCUAUUGGAACGUCACCUGCAGAGCGUGGCCAACUAUUUGAUUGUGUCGCUCGCCGUCGCCGAUCUGAUGGUGGCCUGCCUGGUCAUGCCUCUGGGCGCCGUGUAUGAGAUAAGCAAAGGGUGGAUCCUGGGUCCUGAGUUGUGCGACAUGUGGACUUCCAGCGACGUCCUCUGCUGCACGGCGUCUAUUUUGCACCUGGUCGCCAUCGCUGUUGACAGGUACUGGGCGGUAACUAACGUGGACUACAUUCAAAACCGCAACGGCAAGCGGAUCGGCAUCAUGAUCCUGCUGAUCUGGAGUGUGGCGAUAGUGGUGUCGUUGGCGCCGCAGUUUGGCUGGAAGGACCCCGGUUACCUUGACCGAAUAAACCUGCAGCAAAAGUGUCUGGUGUCGCAGGACAUUGGCUACCAGAUAUUCGCAACAUGCUCGACCUUCUAUGUGCCGCUGUUGGUGAUCCUCGUCCUGUACUGGAAGAUUUUCCAAACGGCGCGCAAGAGGAUCCGUCACAGGGUAGGCAAGGCCCCCACCCCCACGCUCAACAACUCGACACCCCCGGCCAAACGCAAGAAGCGGAAAAACAAAAAGGAGGAGGCCGCGGCCGCCCUGACGGUGGCCGUCACCACGACGACCACCCUGGAGCGACCUGAGGAGGAGCGGCACCCUCAGGAAAGCACCACCGCCUUCACCAUCAGCGUGCCGCCCCUCUCGGCGCCGGCCACCCCCGCCUCCAUCGCUCCACCCUCCACGAACGUCUCCCCUGAAAAGUCAUCGACCAACAACGGCUCGGCCAGCCACCAGAGCCACAUCAGCGACAUGAGCAGGGUGGAAAUCCUGCAGAAGGACCUCGGUGGGGGCAGUUCGCGGAGGCUGGACGCCCCUCCAACCCCCACCGUGGCCAUCAUCGACCAGCCCAAGUCGGAUCCGAUCAAGGAGAGACGCGAGCGGAAGGAGACUAUGGAGGCGAAGCGGGAGCGAAAGGCGGCCAAGACGUUGGCCAUCAUCACUGGGGCCUUCGUCAUUUGCUGGCUGCCCUUCUUCAUCAUGGCCCUGCUGAUGCCCCUGUGCGAGUCGUGCUACAUGAACGACUACAUCGCCAGCUUUUUCCUCUGGCUCGGCUACUUCAACUCGACGCUGAAUCCAGUGAUCUACACCAUAUUUAGUCCCGAGUUUAGACAAGCGUUCAAGCGAAUUUUGUGCGGAUCCAGCGCUAGAUCUAAUUAUAGGCCGCGUAAGUUUAGAUAAAUAAUUAUAUUUAAAUCUCGUUAUUUUCGUAAAUAAUUAAUGAUUAAAAAGCGCAAAAAAAUAAUACAAUUUUUCGGUGAUCCGCCUCUUGAUGUGUCAGAGCUCACACACCACCAGCCGGAUCGCAGAUGGGUUUUUUUAUCCGAAAUAUUAUAAUACUUAGAGCGCGUGUUGACCAUCGUUAUCUCCCUAUUAUGCUUGUAUGAGCCUCACUUGCAUAUUAUGUGAGAUAAAAACGCGCCCGCACUCGUUUUGCAAUUCAAAAAGCCGUGAAACAUAGGGUAAAAAAAGUGAAUUUCGGUGCAAUAUCAGAGUCUGAAUCAAAAGUGUGUUGCACUGCUCGCCACAUAACUUAUUUUGCAAGUCGCCAAUGUACAGAAAAGUGAAAGUGUAAAUAAAUUGUACAUAAUUAUACGUAAUUAGCGGAAAACAUACAAGGUUGAAAACCCCAAAAUAGAAUGAAAAUGGUUCCUUUUUCUUAAAAAUUACAUGUUGUUGUUCACUGCUGUGUGCGUGUAAAUAUACAUUAAACAAAAUUUAAUCUCUCUGAAGGGAUUAAAGCUGGUCAUGUUUGAAAUCGGUGCUACAAACCCCACACUAAAUGGUGUUGCAAAUCGUGCAUGACAAAUUACCAGCUUGCAAAGGUACUCCGCGUGCAAAGUUAGUUCUGGCGACGCCGCCACGGGCUUUCGGAAGAUUAGUAGUGCGCGCAAGAUGCUGCUCCGAUGUAUGUAAAUAUAAUCACAUCACAAUUGCCCUGUUAGCUCCACCCAUAUAGGUAGUGUGUAUGUGUGCAAGCGUGUUGCAUUAAUUUGCAAAAGUAAUUUAUUUCUUCCAUCUCACGCGAGAGAGAAUUGCCAGCUUUGAGGGUUAUCUGUGAUUUUUAAGACCCUCUGCAAAUGAGAAAAAUUAAAGUCAGAUGCAGUUCUUCAUCUUUCAUUAUAACUAGCAUUCAAAAAUGAAUAAUUGAUUUGGAUGGGGGGAAAUGUGAUUUUUUUCUGUUGAUAACGAACCAAAAGAAGUUUUAUUUUGUAAGAAAAUAGUAUUUUUCAGUUGAAAAUUGGUGAUCUACAAUUUAAAAGAGAAAGAAUAAAUAUCAGAGAAGCUCUUACGAAGUGGUUGUAGGUUCAAUUAGGGCUUUAAAAAGUUAAACCAGAAAUUUUAAAUUGAAUGAAAUUUAAGUCUCUUUGGAAAUGUAAAAUAUUGCGAUUUUGGCUAAAAAAAAUCCAUUUAAGGUGUUAAACUUUCAGUAGAGAGACGUUUUUAUUUACAAAGAAGUUUAAUCAUCCUGUCAAUUUAUUUAUGAAACACGUGCAAAAUCAUGAUUCUUUUGUAUCCCUCUCCCGAGCUAUAUUCAUGACAUCAAUUUUAAAUUAGGUUUUUGAAUUUAUAUUUAUUUAUAGAUAAGAUUACUGUUAAAACUUGUAGAAGAAAACGGUUUACUCUGAUAAUACCAGGGUGCGUCCAGGAAAGAUUUGAGGGUAAAUGUUAAAAAUUUUUCUUGAAAACAUGCCAUUCCAAUUUUCAAGUAUGUUGUUGGGGUGGUCAAGAGGCCUCGCUCACCAAAUUUUCAAGUCAAAAUAAGGGGUGCUUUUCCGGGAAAUCAGAUUUUUCCAAAAACAAAAAAUAUGGAAUAUCUUUGCUCCUAUUGAGAAAUUAUUAAUGAUAUUUUCACUUCCAGUCGUAACUUUUUACGCCCGACAACUUUUCUGUUGACAACUUUUGCGUAGGUCAAAGGUCAAGGUCACUAAAUUGCAAAUUUCACUUUCUGACGCAAUUUUCGCAAAGAAGCACCCCUCAGAAAUUUUUCGCAGUAUAGGAAAAAAUGUAGCCCCAAGUGUGUAGAACAACAUCCUUGAUUUCCAGAAUGGCAUUAUUUUUAGUUUUUUAAUUAAUUUUAAAUGAAUAUUAAAAAACAGUGAAAAAUCGCUUUUCCGCAAUAGAAAGUAAUUUUCAAACAGCGAUAACUCAUUUUCUGUUAGAGAUACGCAAAAAUGUUAUAGAACGAAAAGGAUUUGUUUUGACUUUUUGCAUCCAGCCAUGUAUUGUUUAUACAGGUCAGGUCAUUUGGGGUCAUUGACCUCGGUGACCUGUGACCUUUUAGAGCAGUUUACUGAAUAUUUGGCACGUAGUUAAGAAGAACUAUUUUAUGGAAUGGUUUGAAUAAGCUCAUUUCCCACAAAUUAUUUUUAGAGGUCACAGGUCACCGAGGUCAAUGACUCCAAAUGACCUGACCUGUAUAAACAAUACAUGGCUGGAUGCAAAAAGUCAAAACAAAUCCUUUUCGUUCUUUAACAUAUUUGCGUAUCUCUAACAGAAAAUGAGUUAUCGCUGUUUGAAAAUUACUUUCUAUUGCGGAAAAGCGAUUUUUCACUGUUUUUUAAUAUUCAUUUAAAAUUAAUUAAAAAACUAAAAAUAAUGCCAUUCUGGAAAUCAAGGAUGUUGUUCUACACACUUGGGGCUACAUUUUUUCCUAUACUGCGAAAAAUUUCUGAGGGGUGCUUCUUUGCGAAAAUUGCGUCAGAAAGUGAAAUUUGCAAUUUAGUGACCUUGACCUUUGACCUACGCAAAAGUUGUCAACAGAAAAGUUGUCGGGCGUAAAAAGUUACGUUUGGAAGUGAAAAUAUCAUUAAUAAUUUCUCAAUAGGAGCAAAGAUAUUCCAUAUUUUUUGUUUUUGGAAAAAUCUGAUUUCCCGGAAAAGCACCCCUUAUUUUGACUUGAAAAUUUGGUGAGCGAGGCCUCUUGACCACCCCAGCAACAUACUUGAAAAUUGGAAUGGCAUGUUUUCAAGAAAAAUUUUUAACAUUUACCCUCAAAUCUUUCCUGGACGCACCCACCAUACCGAUAAAUUUCAAGCAUUUAUCUGGCAAAAAACUUUCAAAACUCUUGAAAAUAAUUUUCAGUUGAAAUAUUAUUCAUUCUAAACAACAUGCAGCAAAAAGGUCACAAUUAACGCAAUAUAUCUAAGCCUAUAUUUUUAUUUUUAAUUCUAAUCGGUGAAAAUAGUGAGUGUGUGAAUAAAAGAAGGAAAAAAUGUGGAAAAGGUCAAAUUUCAGGGUAAUAUGUUAUAGUCAAACUUCAUCCGUUCAAUGAAAGUUGAUUAAAAGGAGUGGCAAUUUUUCACUGCAUACAAGUGUUUAGCAUUCC